UUCGAAUUCUGUCAUGCAGCUGAGCCCUAUUCAUAGCCACCUUCGCUCAAGGCAAAAGGCUUCAGCGCAGGGGUGCCCUUCCUUUCCAAAAAUGCCUAUGAGUUUAAUUAAACUUCUUGAAUAAACCAGUUGGCGGGAGACACCUCUUCAUCAGUUUGUUGACUCUGCAAUUCCAAGUGAAGAUGGGUGUCUUAGGUGUAUUAAUCCUCCCACUGCUUGUGGUUGUAAUCAGUGGGGUUGUAUAUAUUUAUCGGACAGUUAUUCAGAUGAUGUCAAAAUCUGCAGUGCGAAGUAAAGUUGUAGUGAUCACUGAUGCUCUGUCAGGUGUGGGCAAAGAAUGCUCACACGUAUUUCAUGCAGGUGGAGCCAGGCUAGUUCUAUGUGGUAAACACUUGGACAAUUUAGAAGCUCUCUAUGAUUCUUUAACCAGUGCAGCUGAUCCUACUGCAACGUUUACACCGAAGCUUGUCCUUCUAGAUCUAUCUGAUGUAAACUGCAUUCAAGAUGUGGCUAAAGAAAUAUUGGAUUGCUAUGGAUGCGUGGAUAUACUCAUCAACAAUGCUAGCACCAAGUUGAAGGGGACAGUACAGAAUAUCUCACUGGAACUUGACAAAAAGAUUAUGGAUGCCAACUAUUUUGGGCCUAUAACGCUCACCAAAGCUCUUAUUCCCAACAUGAUCUCCAGAAGAACUGGUCAAGUUAUAUUAGUCAACAAUAUCCAGGGGAAAGUUGGAGUCCCUUUUCGUGCAGCCUAUGCUGCUUCAAAACACGCCGCUCUCGGGUUCUUUGAUUGCCUGAGGGCAGAACUGCAGGAGUUUGGUGUUUGUGUCAGUACUGUGACUCCAAGUUUCAUACGCUCAUACAGUGUUCAACCACAGCCUAGCAACUGGGAAUCCUCCGUGUGGAAAUUCCUUUGCAGAAAACUGGCCUAUGGCGUCCAUCCAAUUGAAGUGGCAGAUGAAAUUCUGAGAACAGUGAACAGGAAGAAACAGGAGGUGUUCAUGGCAAAUCCUAUUGCAAAAGCAGCUGUUUACAUACGCACCUUCUUUCCAGAGUUAUUUUUUGCUGUUGUUGCUGCAGGAGUUAAAGAAAAACAGAAAAUAGAAGAUGAAAAGUGAUUGCAUUUAGCCCAUUUACCUUGGCAAUAGGGUUGCCAGAAGCUCUUUAUUUUAUGGAUGGAACAACUGAGAAAGCAGGAGAAAUGAUAGGGUCCCAGAAGAAAUUGCAAAAGAUUUCUGAAGAUCUGGAGGCAGUGGAGUUGGGAAAGUUAGUACACUCCUGGGUGACAAUCCACAGAGUGCCUUAUCAACCAUCAGAAAUAUCUGUGGUGGUGUUUGGUCUCUUAGAAAUUACAGUUAGAAAAGUUAAUAGAAAGUGAAUUUAUUCAAAAAGGGUUUGCUUGGUGUGUUGGUGGUUGUGUUCAGAGCAAUUAUAGAGAGACCUAAAUGUGUGUAAGUGCGUUCAAAGUCACCUAUUGACUUAUGCUGAUCCCAUUAAUUGUGUGGGGUUUUCUGAGGUGGUUUUGCCAGUUCCUUCCUUUGAAUAUAGCCUACAGCAUUAGGCAUUUGUUGGUUGUCUUACAUCCAAGUGUUAAUCAGGGUUUCACCAUGCUUAGCUUCCAAAAUGAGACAGGUUCUGGUGCCUUAUGGCACUUAGGCCCCUCAGAGACCUAAAUAGGUAUGGAGAAAAUGGGUAGGUUGAAGCACCAAGGGAAAUGGAGAAAUUGUUAAAGAUUAGAGAAGAGAGGGAGUAUCUGCAAUAAAUGUAUGGUGUUAGUCUGAUAACAAAGCGCUGUUGAACUCAAAACAGGAAUAGAAGAGAGUGGAAGAGAGAUGGUGUGGCAAUAUUUUAUAUUUUGGUGGUUUAGGUGUCUCUUAGUCCCCCAACCCUUUAAAACUCUAAGUUUGUUAUAAGAGUUUUGAUUUUAGCAAAAAUAAUGGGGUUGGUGGUUCAGGAGGGCAUUACGUCAGUUCUCCUCUUUAGCCUUCUCUGCCAAAAUGAUGCUGAUGCUCAUCACAGUAGUUAAAGUGGUGUCAAACUGCAUUCAUUCUACAGCUGGGCACAAUUGAAUGGUGGGGGCUCUUACCCAUCACAAUUGGAUUAUCUAAUGGAAACAAUAAUAACAAAUAUCACCCAGCACGAACUAAGAGUGCAUCUGCACUGUAAAAUUAAUGUAAUUUGACACCACUUUACCUGCCAAGGCUCAAUGCUAUGGAAUUCUGGGAUUUGUACGAGAGCAUCAGCACCUUUUCGCAAAGAUGGUUAAAGACCUUUUAAAACUACCAUUCCAUGAUUCCAUAGCAUUGAGCCAUGUCCAUUAAAGCAUUACUUCUCCAAAAGGAAUAUGUAGACCUUGGAAGACUAGUACGCAUAUUGGGUCAUCCAACCACCAAUGGCUCAAAUUAUGGGAAAAGGGAUUUAAAAUGAGGGAAUAUUGACAAACUGUUUCUUAAUAUGGACAGUAUUCAAAGGCAUAGUGUGUCAGAGUGUAUGACUGGAAUCCUGCAGUACCUUUAAAACUAACUGAAAGAACAAAAAUUGAAACACAUGCUGGACCUACUUUAUUAGAUACAUGAUACCUAUGGAUGGAUACCAUGUCCAUGGGCAGAUAUUUAUAAAGGGCAAGUUGCAGGUGAAUAGAAAUGGAAAUGCAAAACCUGUAGAUGUGAGGAUGGUGUGACAAGCUCGGUUUAAACUAAAGGAUACUUAGGAGCAAAGGUGGGAGAAAGUAUAUUACCUAAAGCUAAGAUGAAUAGAUAAAUGUAUGAAAGAGAGGGGAGUUUUUGGAAUGUUGUAUGAUACUGACUUGGGAACAGAAAAUAGAUGCAAUAGAUAGGGUUAAGAGCUUAUUUGUGGCUGGGAAGUUGAGUAAUGUUACAAUAUGUGUAGUGUACCAGAAAAUCAUUACCUCUGUCUAUAGGCUGGAGUUUGUGGAUUAUGCUACGACCUCAUCAGACGGGCUGAUUUGCCCAUUGGCAAAAGCUAUUAAUGAGGAAGACCAUGCAAGCUAAGAGAGACUGCUGGACUUUGCUUUUGCAAAAUGUCUGACUAAAAAGACAAAAUUUUGCCCCCUCAUUUUGCCUCUGUAGAGUAAAUUGAUUGCAAACUGCUUUUGCACUUUGAACUCAGUUUUCAGCAAUUGAAGUGAGUCAGAGCACAAAAAGGGAAAGUGAGAGGGGAGGAGAAAAUUUAUUUUUAAAAGCAGCUGAAAAGGGGACAAGAAAGGAUUAACUGGCACUAUUCUUGUCAAAUCAGGAUACUUGGGGGUAUAGAACAGCCUACAAACUUUGAAAAGCAAAGCUAUUUUUCCUUCCAUUCCUCCCAUAGAGGGUCCUAGACACAGUCCUUCUGAAGUUGUCCACUCCUGGCACAGAGAAAGGACUCCCACCAUGUACCAGUGGUUUACAGCAGGAGUCUGAGAGGUCUCAACACAAGCAAAUAGUGUAAAGGAAAUAGGAUUGAGAGUAUUUUUUUUGAACAUGUAUGGAUGCUCAUGCAAGGAGAUGUGGCUGAAAUAAAAGAUGGCUAUGGCUAAGCUUGGAUUUGCUAAAGAAUGCUUGGAUGUUAGUACCCAGAUAGUAGAUACUACUUGUUACCACUUCUCUUUCCAAGGGGAGGGAGAAGACUAGGGUUGCCAGAGUGAAAACUGGAGAUGUGCCUUGUGCCUUUAAUAGCUGUGGAGAAAGGGGAAUUUCAGAGGUGUUGCUCAUUACACAACUUACUUAUUACACAUCAUCUUUUGAAAUGUUCUCUUCUGUGCAGCCAUUGAAGGGACUUGAGGCUUCUUCAGUUUUCACUCUGGCAUCCUUCAAACCUUCCCCGACUCCACUGUCUCUUCAUUCUCUUCCCCUGGGUUCAUUAGCUAAAAUUGUAGCAGAUAUUUCAUCCUUCAGAAAGAAAACCUUCCAGCUCUAAGAACACAGUCACAUUCACGGCUGCCAUUACGCAAAAUGAUGAAGACACCUGUAUGCACAAUUAUGAAAAACAUGCAAGAAUAUGUAGAUUGUGUCGCCCAUUUUUCUAGAUUUCUGAUCCAGCAACCCUGCCCUGGAGUGCGAUAAAUAAAACACUCAUUUCAAACAUG